AUGGAAAGAAGUUCAUUCCAAUCAACUCAGGCGUUUAUUGAUGCAUUAGUUCAAGCAAAUAAAGAGAUGGAUGAUAAUAUGCAACAAAUGACACCUGUUCUUCAAGGACUAAUGGAUAAGGUAAGUAUUUUAACAAAAGAAAAUGAUGAAUUAAGAAAUGUCCUUCAACAGACGAUUGAUAAAUUAGACGAAGUAAAGAAAGAACAUGAAGUUAUAGAAAAGAAUGAUGAAAAAGUACAACAAAUAAAGGAAGACAAUGUAUUACUUAAAAGAGAAAAAGAAGAGAAUGAAGCUCUUAUUAGACAGUUAAGACAACAAAUAUAUCUUUCAGAACAAACACAUACAAAUCAAUUAGAUGAUCUUAGAACUCAAAUAAAACAUCGAGAUCAACAAAUUGAUAUUUUUCAGAAAGAACGAGAUAAUAUUGUUAAUGAAAUAGUAAUGGCAAGACAACAAAUAUCUCUUCUUCUUAAACAGUUAGAAAUAGCACAAAAUGAAAUUACUACACAAAAAUAUAUGGAAGAAUAUAAUAAAAAACUUGAUGAUAUGAAUUGUAAAUUUGAAGAAAUAAAAAAAUCAAUUGAAAAAGUAAAUUACCAAAGAAAUGAAAGAAAAAGUAUUAUUGAAACAAGUUGUAUUGAUACAGUUUCAAUAAAUGAACCAAUUAAAGAAGAAGAAAUAAAUAAUAAAGAAGAAUUUAUAUUAUCAGAGAAUGAACUAAAAACAUCACCAAUAAGAUUAGCUUUAUUUAAACAACCAGAUUUUUUAAAUAAUCCAAAAAUUAUUAUUCAUCUCUCUGGAAUAUCAAAAGAAACAAGAGAAUCUUUAAGUGAAGAAAUUAUGAAAAAAGGAUUUGAAAUAUCUCUAAAUUAUUCUAAUAAAGUUACUCAUGUUGUUGUGUCUUCAAAACUUACUAUGACAAGUAUUAAAGCUCUUAUAGAAGGAAAAUGGGUUGUAUCAAAGAAUUGGAUUAUUAAUGGAAUGAAAAAAGAUGAAUUUAAAUAUGGAUUUCAAAAAUUUAAUUUAUUCAAAGGAAAAAAAGUAUUUGCUACUGAACUAUUCACUAGAGAUCAAACAGGAAUGGAAAUAUGGGAAACUUUAGUGAGGUUUGGUCAAAUAGAAGUUGAGCAACAACCAGCACUUGCUGACAUUUGUCUUAUAGGAAAGAAAGAAAUUAUUCAAGGAAAACAUGUAUAUACUAAAGAAGAAUUCCUCAAAUCAUUACCACUUCCUAAGACAGUUUUAACAGAUGGAACAAUUCCAAGUAAAGGUAUAUUAACUAAAAUACCUCUCGCUAUUUAA